GUGCGCCUCGACUUGUAUAGGCGGCGGCUAUACCCCCGCGGCGUUGUUUCACGGAACACACAUGCGUGCACGCUGAAACCCGCAUCUCUCUGUAUCUCUCCAGCUCAUUCUUUCUGCGCCACUCCGCCUCGCCGUCCCCCUUUAUAGGUGGGAAAAAGCAAAGGUAGAUGGAUCCGGUCGACCAGUCCGUUGACGUCUUUAUUGCAGUGCGGAGCUCUCGCCUUCCAUCAGACUCGAUUUGAUACCGAUGGCAAGAAGCUGAAAGAUUUUGUUGUUGUUUUUUAAACGAAAACAAUUUUUGAAAGAGAAAAAGUUGUCACGAAGAUGAGUUUUUUCAACACCCUGCAACAGUACGUGUCCAACUCGGUGGCCAGUUUGAACAUUUCCCCGCGACGGUUCUCUAGAGACAAUGAGGAAAAGGCGGGAUCGUCUGGUGACAAUCCGAUCCUGCCGCCGCCUCAUCCGCCACCGUUGACGAUGAAAAUGCCAGUGCCGACCAUGAGCCGUGAAGCCGGAAGUAGAUCUCCCAGUACCGUCCACCGCUCGUCGGCUCACCUCCUCCAGGAGCGAUCCAAGUCGCUUAAAGCUGUUUCGUCACAGUCACAGCCACCGUCGCCGAGGAAAGCUGUUGGUGGACGGACUGCUUCGCUCAAAGAGUCAUCGACCCUAUCGAUUACGGUGCCGACUGCAUCCGGUAGCGGAGGAGGGCCCAUCUCGCCAUCUUCAUCGACGGCUCCGACAUCGGCGGCCGUUCACUCGUCGUCACCAGUCUUGUCACCUCAUCACACGACGGGCAAGCGACGCGAACCCAAACUUUUGCCAACUUUUGCUCUGCUCGAAGGCACCCGCCGCACUUCUUGGCCACAAUUUGCCAUCACCGGUUCUGGCGUUCAAGAGUCGGACGGAUCAUUCUUCGAAAGCUACACGGCGCUGUGCUGGAAACAGGAAAACCGGCGACUUCAGGUUCUGCGAGAAGAUGAUCAACCGCUUGUUGCUCAGGCGACGGAAGGCGACAGCCAGGCGAAUUCCGCCCAGUUCAUUUCAUCCAAAGAGAUGGAGCAGCUUUAUGUCGAGGUGCUGUACACUAUUCGCCACAAACUCGGAGCUCACUCCGCCAAGUAUCCGCACCACUUCAAGGAGGAUCUCGUUCAUUACGCCCAAACGGCCUUUGGCGUCGGCCAAGAAUAUCACCGCAGGUGCAACGCCAUCGCCAGCGAAGAGAAGCCUCCGAUUGUUGUUCUCAACGUGACUGUUAUCGAAGCUGAGGGCCUAGAAGCCAAGGAUCCAAACGGAUUUAGCGAUCCGUACUGCAUGUUGGGCAUUCAACCGGGCUGUUGUUCCGGCAACCGAGGAUCUGCUGAUCAGUCGCCACAGCAGCUGAUCCAGCCGCCACCAGACGUGACGGGCUCUAACGAGGAAUUGACGUCUUCGCUGCCGUCGUCGUCGUCGUCGAAUGACCAGCGACGCGACUCUUUGGUGGCCAUGAUGCCCGUCGAGAGACUGAAGAAGCAUUCCAGUUUUCGUCUGAGUUUCAAGCGCAAAGAUCCUGGUGUGGUGACGUCAAACGUUGUCAUUUCGGCCGGCGGCAACACCAAUCAAAUUGGACCUUCUAACCGAUCAAGUCUCACCAACGCUUCCAGCAACACCAUCAGCGUAAUAGGCAGCAACAGCAGCAACAACAGCAACAGUUCGAGCAACAGCUGCAUCAUACACGGGCGGGAGCAGCGCGACAGCCUCCACGCCGCACUUCCAGCGAAGUUUAUCCGGGCCACGUCUGUCAAAGGCGCCACGCUCAAUCCCAAGUGGAAUGAAAAAUUCCGAUUUGAUAUUGACGACGUUUGCAGCGAUACCCUGCACCUGGACAUUUGGGAUCACGACGACGAGUAUUCGGUGCUGGAUGCUGUCAUCAAAUUGAACGAAGUCCGCGGAGUCAAGGGCCUUGGCCGUUUCUUCAAGCAGAUCGCCCAGUCAGCCCGAUCGGGAACUCAGGACGAUUUCCUCGGCUGCGUCAACAUUCCACUUCAGGAAAUCCCUUCAACGGGUGUUGAAUGUUGGUACAAAUUGGGCGGCCGCUCCCAGCGCUCCACCAUCCAGGGCCGGAUUCAUCUCAAACUGUGGCUGUCGACACGCGAAGACCUGGGGACCAGCGAGGAGGACAAUUGGACCGAGAUCAAACAACAAGAGAAGCUCCACUGCGUGUUUAUCGACUUUGAAGUUUCCCGUUUCAAGACUUCGCCGUCGCAAUGGACGGGGGAAUUGUCGCAAGCGGCCCUCACGAUCCUGCACCAGCACGCCAUUCAGGGCGACGUGACGGUGCUGCAGUCGAACGUCGUCCGAUGGAUCGCCUACGCCGGAAAACUGCCCGACAAGUCGCUUCACUUUUCGGUUCUCUACCGCAUCCUCAACGAGCUGGACCACCAAUGGUCCUCGUUUUCCAUGGAGCCGCUCUCCCGCGAGGAGGAGGAUGCCCUGGCCGAGUCCUUCACUGCCUUCAUCGAUUAUUCGCUUUCUUGCCUCCGCAAGAUCCGCUACCUAUUCAGCCCCCGACUGUCCAAUUCUUCGAAACUGGAAUACCUCCUCAAGUGUUUAAUGCAGUUGGAUGUCAUGCGAGCCUUCCGGCGCUGCUGUCCUUUCCACAAGGAGAUCCGCGGGGAGAUUGUCGUCGCCAUUCGUAAAGGUGCCGCCGAAUGGUUCACAUUCGAAUUACAAAGAUGCGUGCCUAGCGACGCCAACCUUGUAACCGCCAUCAACGGAUUGACGGUGCUGACCAAUCGCGUUUACGCCGACUUGACGCGUUCACUCCAAAUCUACGACGACGUGUUCCAAAGAAUCGGCAACGUUUCCUAUUUCAACAUCGUCUACAAGAGUCACAUGAAAAUGAUUACUCACGAGUUCAGUUCGCGCCUGGAGAGCAUCCGCAGUCAUUUCCCCAAUGGCACCAACGGCCCCAGCAUCAGCACGGACGGCGGCAACGGAGCCGAGUUGGGCUCGGCUGAAAACGCCGCUCCCAUUUUCGAGUUGAAUAUCGCUCUACAAGAUUUGCAAAAAUUCCAAGAUCACGUUCCGCCCGAGGAGUUGCCGCUCAGUCACCAAAUGGCCGCCUUAAACUGCCACGACUGUUUCCGAGUCGUCUUGGAACAAUGGCUCGUCGUCGCCCGUUCCAAAGCAUUGAACCGGGUGCGGUCGGCCGUCGAGUUGGACUCGUUCACCAGCGUCGAGCCCUACCUGAAGCAUUCUACAUCGGCAAUCGAUACGACCUCGUGCUUCUAUCAGGUAUGUGACUUUUGGAAGCAAUUAUCAUGGCCGGAGGUCGUCUCGUCCUAUCCGUUCGUCUACAGCUUAGUGGAGAUGAUCACGGCCAGCGCCAUCGUGUACGCCGAUCUCAUUUUCCUGCGGAUUCAGACUCACGGCUUCUUCAGCGAAGAUUGGAAAAUGACGGCCGUCGUGGAAGAAGUCUACGUCAAUUUAAAUAACCUGCAGCAUGUCAAGAACGCGCUGGCUUCCAUUCCGCAGACGCUCAACGUGGCCGCCAUCGUGGCGGCCGUUGACGGCCCCAGCACCGCUCUGCUCGACGUUCAGAGGAGCCCCAUCUCCGGUAGAUCCAGGUCGCCGUCAGUGGUUUCCGGAACGUUAGCCUCGCCCGGUUAUUUAAUGAUUGCCGGCGGUGCCAUGCCCGUCAUCAGCGGAUGCGUCGGUGUUAAUAGCUACGAUAACAGCGCCCGGCAGGCGUUCCACAGUCUCCUGGAAACAGCUCGCGAUCACUACGAGAACAAGCUUUUGCGUGUCGCUGGAUGCCUGGCCGAAAAGAUGAGGAGCGAAAUGAAGAAAAAUAUUUUUCACUUGGCUUGGUCGCCGGAUUCGUUACCGGCCAACGAGGCGGCUGCUCCUUUGCUCGACUGUCUGGACCACAUUCUUCUCGACCUGCAGCCCAAUCUACUGCCGGACGCUUUCCACCGAUGCGUGGCCGCCAUCUGGGACGUGCUCCUUGUGGAGUUGUGGGCUCAGGCUGAAGUAUCCAGCGGAGACAAAUUCUGCAAGUUUUACGACCGAUUGCACAGCGCCCUUCAGAUGUUGCUGAAUUUCCUUCACGCGGAAGGCAAGGGCCUCUCGUUGGAGGCGCUCAAGUGCCCGACUUACCAGCGAGUCGAGGAGAAAAUCUCCUUGCACAAGGCGCGAACGGAGCAGCUCAUCGAUUUGUACCACGUCGGCCGGCUGAGCCAGCAGCAACAGCUGCACGGAAGCGGAACGAUUGAGGCUCCUUACGGCGUUCUCAACAUCCGCGUCUACUUUCACCACGACAGUUUGAGCGUCGAGAUCCUGUCGGCCAGAGACGUUAUUCCUUUGGACCCCAAUGGACUGAGUGAUCCCUUUGUCAUCGUUGAGCUCCUGCCCAGGCGCCUCUUCCCCAAUUGCGGUGAACAGCAAACCACCGUCAAGCGGCGCACGCUCUACCCCGUCUUCGACGAGUGUUUCGAAUUUCCGGUGACGUUGGAGCAGUGCCGCCAAGAGACGGCCAUGCUUCUGUUUACCGUCAUGGACUACGACGUUCUGACUGCCAACGAUUUCGCUGGCGAGGCCCUGCUGUCUCUCAACACGGUGCCGGGAGUCGCUGCAGCACCGCAAGGGCUGGACACGUUUCACGGGCUCAAACAGAUCGACUUGGUCCUGAUGCAUCAGCCAAACAAGCAUCACCCGAUCCUGUCGGUGUUGGAGUCGCGUGUUUGGGACCGGACAGCCCAAGACUUUGCCAAAAAGCAAAGGGAACGAGUCGUGAGCUAAAGACAUGAUUGGUGACAUCGUGAAGUUGGGUGGAUCCCCAAAUUCCACCAACAACAGCAAAACACACAAUUCAAAUUGUGCCCUGUUUUUGUUUUUUUAUUCUACCUUUCUACACACGUAUAUUUAACAUAUCAAACUCCUCCAACGCCUUUCUUCCCUUAUCGCCAUUUCACUACUUGGAUACCCCCCUCAUAUAUUUUCAUUACUUUUUCUCGGCAUUCUAUAAUGCCAUUAAAGUUCAUUCUAUUUCAUCUUGUCUAUUUUCUAGUCGCCCUACUACUACAAUAUCUAUAUGCUAUAUGCAGUAUUUCGAUGACGCUUAUUGGCUUCCGACUGUGGAACGGGGAAGUGUUUUUAGCGUGCGCCACGGAUUGAGAGGAUGCUUCACCUAAAUUUUCCCCUGGCUUCUCUCGGAGUCGAUGAAAAAUGCAAUCGGGCGAAAGUGCUCGACUUUCUAACUCUGAGGCAUCAUCCGUUGUAGGUCGCCUUGGCUCGGUGUCAAUGAAUGGAAGCCCAAGGAAAUUUAUGGCGAGAGAGUAACUAGCAGAAAAUAGUAGCAGCGUCUUUUAUUUUUUAUUUUUCCAGGAAAACAAAAAGACGAGCCUAGAAUAACAAAUAGAUUCAGAGAAAUUGUGGGAGCUCUUCUGUUAUGACCUUUUUCUUUCUUUCUAUUCCAAAUGUUGGCAACUUGCUACUUCCAAUUGUCUAAUCAAGAGAUGUUUCUGUCCUCUUUACUCUCUCUCGCUCUGUCUCUUAUUCCCCGUUUCCAACUUGUUCAUUUAUUUCUUGUUGAUGUCAGAGUUCCCAAUUCGCUGCCUUGCUGUUCGUGUUUUGUUUGUUCGGUACCUUUUGUGAAGUUGCACAAAUCCGGGGUUCUAAUUUUAUUUAUUUUUUUAAAUUUUUUUUUUCAUUUUCAUUAAAGAUUAACGCGAUUGGCUACCUUUCUCAUCCAGUUUUUUUUUCUGUUUCGAAGUUUUGCAAUUGGAGUGGGAAAUAUUUGCUUGCUAUAGUGUAGGAUUCGUUCCGUCAUUCCUCCGCACUGCGCGUUUUUCAUGAAUUAGUAGUCUAACCGCUUGAUUGCUUGCCAAUGCGCUUAUAGCUUCUCGGUUCUCGCUGAUGAGACUGAUUGGUAUGUAUUUUUAAUCCGUUUUAUUUUGAGAAAUGGCGUCACAACUGACGCACUUGCCAGAUCGGAUUGAUUUGACAAAUGAAGUCGGUCGUGUCAAGUGAAGUUGAAGUCACUUCACUUGCACUUUCUAUUGAUUACCUGCAUUCUUUUCUUGCUAAAUUCAUUGAAAUAUCUAUUUGCGUAUGGUUGAUUUGCUCUUGUAUUCAUCCUUACAUUUCUACUGAGAUGAGUAUCGAGUGGUAUUGAUUGACUCGUCGCAUGCGUUUUCCUAAUUCUAUCUUGCGACCAUUCACGUUUCUGCGGCAGUUCCGUAAUUCCAUAUUAUAUAUCACCCAUAAGCGAUGGCAACACCAAAAACAAAAGUUGACUUUUUCAUAUUAUAAAAUCAGGGUUGUAUUUUUUGAAUUCGAAAUCGUCUUAAAAACAGACCCGAAUUCCAGUAUUCGUGGGGCUUUUUACAUCCCCGUGAACUAUAUAUAUGCCCCUUUCCAUCUUUUCUAUUCAGAACAGUAUAUCUUUUAUUUUAUUAAAUAUUAAUAUAAUCUCGGAUUGGUUUCUGUUAUUUUACCCUUUUUGUUUUUUUACUAGUUCUGCUCGUGUGGUACUAAUAUCUCAUACUUUGAGAGUGUUUUCGUCUGGUCCUAUUAUAUUAUAUUAUUUGAAGUAAUCAUACAGUAUAUCAUUAUCAAAUACAAUUUAUUAAAUGA